AUGAAACGAUUUGUAUAUGAGAUAUGGCGUGAUGAAAAUCUGGCAGCAACGUUACUUCAAAAACGUGUCAAGAAUAAGAAAUCUAUUGUCAUUGAUUAUUCAUCCCCAAAUGUUGCCAAACAAUUUCAUGUUGGCAACUUCAGAUCCACUAUUAUUGGGCGCUAUAUCGAUACAAUAAAUAGGGCUGCGGGUAAUAGAGUCACAUCUAUCAACUACAUUGGUGAUUGGGGAUUACAGUUUGCACUGAUUGCUGCUUACUGGCCUAUGAUAAAACCCUCCGAAGAGGAAUGGUCUGAAUGGAAUAUGAUGCAAAAGUUUACCCUUUUGGCUAAAUGUUAUAUUGAAGCGAACAAAUUAGCUGAGCAUUCUAACAGUUUUCUACAAGGAGCUCAUGAUAUUCUUGCUAAUAUGGAAAGCUCUCUGCUAACUGCCAGUACCAAUGAGCAUUUGUUAUUUUGGCAAAAUACACGAAAGUUAUCACAUGAACAGUUGCAUAAUUUUUACAGACGUAUCAACUUAUCAAUGGAUGUGGAACAUUUCGAAUCCGACUUUGUCUUCCCUGCUCAUCAAUUAAUUGAUCGUAUGUUGCGAGAAGGACAAGCAGAAAACGGCGGUGAUGGUGCUGUUUCGGUCAAAUGCAAAGAACAAGACAGGCCUAUCAUCAUCAGAAGAUCCAAUAACACUACUCUGUAUUUGUCCAGGGAUUUAGCAUCGAUUUUGGCACGGGAGCAGUUAUACGCAGCGGAUGAGUAUUUGUAUGUGGUUGAUCAUGCACAACGACAACAUUUCACCAAUUUGAAAUGCCUUUUGAAUGCCAUCGGACGAAACGACAUCGGUGAUAAAAUACAACAUAUCUCAUUUGGACGCGUAAAAGGUCUUUCUACUAGAUUGGGAGAAGUUGUACUAGCAAGUAAAAUACUGGAUCAUGGUUUAGAGCUUGCAACAUCUUUCGUCACCAAAUCUAGAACGAUGAAAAUUGGCCAGAAUGAAAUUCCCCAAGUCGCAGCUAAUUUGUCACUUGGAACAAUGAUAGUCGAUGAUCUCAAGAGAGCACGAUCCACUGAUUACUUAUUCUCAUUCGAUAAGGCAUUUCAAGUGAAUCAAAAUAAUGCGCUUCUUUUGCAGACGAAGCAUAGCCGGCUAAUGUCAAUCGAGGAACGGAAUAAUGCCUUGCAGCAGAGUCUAAUGCAGGGAUUCGAAGGGGAUUUCGAAACGAAUGAAGCGAGUUGGCGUCUUUUGAAGCAGUUUAAAGCAUUUCCUGAUGUUUUGUAUGGUAGCUAUCAAGAAAUGGAACCGUGUAGGUUAACCGUAUACUUACUGCAGCUGGCAAACAUCGUGGGCUCUGCUUCCUCCAUCCUUCGAAUAUCAAAUGAACCACUGGACAUAGCAAUACCAAGAUUUUUAUUGUUGUCAACUGCGCGGAAAAUCCUGAAUAGUGGGAUGCGUCUACUUGGUAUAGAGCCAUUGAAUAAAAUGUGA